GGGGCCCCGCACUGGAGCGGCAGCCCGCCGAGCCGCCCCCGCCUCAGGUACGGCGCCUGCUUCAAAGGGAGCCCCCGCAAAGCCGGCGCACCAAAGAGGCAGAGAGGCCCCGAGGCGACCCAGUUCAGUGGAUAAUCGGCCCGAGUGGAACUCGUCCCCACCAGAGGUACCGCGCCGGACAUCGUCUGGAAAUCCAAACAGGCCGGUAAAGGCAGAUAAGUCACCGGCUCGGCGAAAUUCUCCUGCCAAACAGGCUGCUGGCACCAAACCAGCGGCGCCUAAAAGGACCGGCAUUCCAAAGCGUAAGAGUGUGGGAUCUUCAAUCUCAGAUAACAAGCCAAAUAAAGCUAAGAAUGCAGGAGGCACCAGAGAUGUUUCAAAUAACAGUAGAUCAGGGAAAGCGCUGCCCUCCUCAGCCAAACGUGAAUACAGAGCUGUGCCGAACGGAACAAACGAUCGGAAAGAUCGACUUUCGGUUCCGAACGAUCGUCCGAGAUCAGGCUCAAUUACCGGCGCCGGGAAAAGUGAGCUGGGAAAGUUUCUCGAGAAGCUGCACCUGGAAGAAAUGUAUGGCAGUUCGGACGACGAGCCCGACCGUGCCAAGUCGCGACUGUCUAUCGAGUCUGUCGAUACAUGGCGCACGGGGGACGGGGACGAGGAGACUAUGAACACACUGAGAACAAAGCGCAGGGAGAAGGAGCCCUCCAUAUCUCCCAGCUGGAAGUUCGCUGAUGUCGUCAUACCGAAAAACACCGAGGAUAGAAACGUGACGAAACCAAAGCAGAAGAACCGGUUUUCAUUUCUGGUUGACUCAACGGAUGAGGAUGAACCACAUACAAAGCCUGUAAAUGGGACAGACAUGAACAACGGCCUCUCUCGCUUCGACGGCUUUGUCAGGGAGUCUCUGUCUCCAGAAAGAAGUAAGCCCAGCAUGCCUGUCUCGAGGAAAAAGUCGGAGCCGGUUUCUGAGAGGAUCGCUCGACCGUCGACGGCGGCGCAAAGUGGAUCGGCUCGGCGCGAACAGGCCCGGUCUCGAUCUCGAUCACAGGACCGGGACCUUAGGAAGGGGUCAGCGAAGGAUGACGGGUCGCGCAGGGCCAGCUACCUGGAUGACCUCAUACAGCCCAGUGCACCGAGAGCGAUAGUCCCAUCAGCACCGCAACCCAGAGAGAAGCGCUCAGCAGCACCACAGAUGGACCAGCAUGCUCGUCCCAAAGCGACCAAGCCUACUGUUGCACCUAAACCCAACAGCAAGGCAGCUAAGGAAUCGGAAAGGGUACCGGAAAACAGCCGAUAUUCCCACUCUCGCACUCCCUCUCCCGAAAAGAGCCCUGAGAUCAGGAAGCAAAGCCUCACAAGAAGUAAAGAGACGCCCCCGAGGCGUGCUUCGACUCACAUUCCAGGCAACUAUUCCACAAAUCAGCAGGAUGUCAAGAGGGCGCAUCAGCGCAGAUCCCGAAGUCCUUCGCCGAACACUGCCGACAUCCUGGAAAGAUACCAUGAUGCCUAUCCGGACGACGCAGCGGCAAUGCCCUCACCCUUUGCGGAAGACUGGUCAAGUCGCAGAAGUUCGAGGUAUUCUCGCGAUAAAACUUCUCCGCUGUCUGGGGACCUACAAAGUCCCAAAAUCUCCAGCCAGAACGGAAGAGUGGGCUCGCUGUCGGAGGCCCCCAAAGGGGACUACUAUAGUCCCACGACGGCAGUGCAGCUGCGCGAGCGGCGCGCGGACGAGCCGCCCGAUGACAGGAGGGUGAAGAGGAAGAGCCUCUCUCUGGCCGGAAUGUCCAACCCCGAGCGGAUCUCCACUGACGACGACGGGGACCGAUUGAGGCGUCUGAUUAUGUCGACUGAAGCUUUGGAGCGAAGAUUCUUUACACCAUAAACCCGUGGCGAAUGCUGAAAUAUUGUGCAACGUUUGAAACUGUCACAGGUGCGCCCAAGGUCAGCCAGGCCCGCUCCGUUCGACUCCAACAGUCUCCUGUGGUGGACGGCCUCACGCCAGCCGUAUCAGCACCGUACGAACAGGGCCGCCCUGCCCCGGCGGCCGAGCUAGCCGUCAGGGCGGGGGCGGCGGCGGGGGCGGCGGCGGGGGUGGCAGGAGCUGUCUGGUGGGCGGACCGGACCCCGAGCGAGCCGCGCCGGCCACUGACGUUAGCCCGGACGCGAGGUGCACGCGACGUGCACGCGACGCCCCUCCGUGACAGGUGCACGGGGCAGUGCAGGCCGCUCGUGCAGCCUUGGUGAAUGCUGGGAUUGGAGGGGCUUUCCGAAAUGAACUACAGAGAAUUAGGUGAACGAACAAUACUUAUUAACUUGUUUGUGUGUGAUAACAUCGUAUAACAUACAUCUAGUGUAACGUUGUGAUGAGGAAAUCACAGAGUUCUUGCGCAAACUCGCCAAAUGCAAUGCUUGCAGCGCAGCUGCAUUGUCACUUCUGCAUUAUGAUGCUUACAAGAUAUGUGUAGGAGGUCAAAUGUCCUAAUAAUUAUACAGAUAUAAAUGUUUUCAUGUUGAAAUGACUGUGAUGAGCAAAUUGUGGUAAUAAUACCUAUUGGAUUAACCCG